UCCGAGUGAGCAGUAACGGAUCUUCUGCAGAAAUCAGUGCAUAGAUACAGUAUCUGAAGGAUCAAAGUGUUGAAAAUCAAUUAAAAGAUGGACGAGGCUUCUGGCACGACGACAACCGAUGGCAAGUCCCUGGAUGAGGCGCCGGUGGCCGCAGGACUGGAGCCCACACAGCCGAUCGGCUUCCUGCAGCUCUUCCGCUUCUCCACCUGCGGGGAGAUCGCGUGGCUCUUCUUUGGGUUCCUCAUGUGCUGCGUCAAGGCGUUGACCCUGCCCGCAGUGGUCAUCAUUUACAGCGAGUUCACAGCACCCUCUCCGCUGCCACGAACAUCACCACGCUGUCGUUUCCCUUCAUGAUGGGCAACAGCAGCGGCGGCGGGUACACCAUUCCCACGGGGACCCUGAGCAUCCUUCCCAUCGCGGCGAACGCCCAGCUGCCGACCAUCACGACAACGGCCAGUGGCUACGAGCCCAAUGACGUCAUCACCACGAUCCCCGUCUCGCUCUCCAUUCAGCGCUUCCCCUCGUCCCUGUCCAUCGUGGAACU